GCCUUAUGCACCUUCAUCCUACUGCAUUGCCUUUUCCUAGAUAUAUAUAUUAAGAGAGGACAUACUAUACCCCGCAUUUAAAAAGCAUGAUUUUUCCUUGAAAUCUUUACGAGUCCGCGCCGUCAUUACUUACAUCAACUCGCUGGCAAUAUGGCGGAUAAACUGCUAGACCCGAUCAUACCCCAAGCCGUCGUAGAUCAACAACCUAUAGGCAAUAAUAUGUCUUUACGCGACAUCCAAAAAUUAAUGAAGAAGGAUCCAAACGGACAUCACAUAAGUUCAUUAGGCUAUGAUGGUGUGCUUCGCACUUUUGACAACGAACGGAAUAUUCUUGAUGCAGUUGGCCUUAACCCAACCCAGAUCAGAGAAUAUUACGAUGGUCUACCGAUACCCGAGAGAUUACUCACUGCCGACGGCCGCAACAUAUCCCGUUGGGAUAUGUUCCACCCCGAUGCGGAGAAUAUUCCUAGGAAGUUUACAGAAGAGGAUAAAGCAAAAAUUCGGGCAUAUAACGAGGAGUUGGAAAAGCGCGGAGUUACAUGCUGUAUUCCGGGCAAGUCAGCAGACGACGGUAAACCUGAGUACUAGAUAGUUCCUUUUGCUUUUUAUUAUUACGGAAUGCUUAUUGUUCUAUCCCUCAUCGCGCUCUUUUCUAUGCAUUUGUCUUGUGAUUCUGCUAAUUUUGAACAUAUCCCUGACAUAUUCACAGGUCUUCGUGCCAUCAUUAUCCCACCAAUCGAUACAACUGGAGAUGGUGUCUGGAUCCCAUUGCAUCUGAGGCGUUUGACCAGCUUCGCAUAGACGAACAACGAAGGCCAAGGCCAGGAGGCCCUUUGAGGAUAAGACUAGCAUGGUGAAUGAAUUUUAUGAGCCUUGCAAAGCGUUAAUAUGGUGGAGCCAAGCGGGUUGAUUAAGAGAGUCAACCGUAUUAAAAAACACAGGUUGAAAUAAAUAACUUUUGAACGAAAGCCUGUCUCAGGGGCGUUGUACACAAUCAGAAAAAGAAAUCAAUGGGGGAGCGAGUCUGUUA